AUGCCAAUACGACAAAUAACCUUCCUAUCUAUCCUACACCUAUGGAUACACUUGGUUACGGGCCGGCGGGAGCUUCAGCAAUGCUCCUCAUGUCAAGCUCCGGUUACGUUUGAUCCAGCUAGACACAAGACAGUGUACACGGUUGGUGUCCUUGCCAGGAGAGGAGUCGAAACUGUGUUUGCCUCUUUCCAGAAAACCUUCGCAGAAUAUCUCUCAUUAACAGCCGGAAAAAGAUUCGACCCUCCCAUCACUUUUGAGGUGCUUGACCUGGAAAUUGAAUCCGUGACAGAUGAUAACAUCCCAGUGGACUUUGCAUUUCUGAGUCCAACUCCAUUUGCUUGUGCCAGUGCUCGGUUUGGCCUACAAUCUCUGGCAACAAUCACAGUCCUUACAGAAGUUGACUCGGAAGAAUACAAUUUGGCGGAAUUUGGUGGUCUCAUCAUCACACAAGCCAACAAUGCUGACAUAAAUGAAAUCUUUGACCUGAAGGACAAGGUCAUUGCUGCCAGUUCAAUUACGGGAUUUGGAUCUGGAUUGAUGCAAUUUUAUGAGAUGCAAAGGGCGGGAUUGUUCUACAUUAACGAUCCACUUCAAUACGUCUUUACCGGUGAUGAAGGCGCAGUUGUUCGGGGCGUUCUGGAUGGAAGGUUUGAUGCAGGAUUCAUCCGUACAGGGCUAAUUGGAAGCGUAACGGAUGUGAAUGGAAACAUUAUCGAACUCGACAACUUCAAAAUUAUCAACUCCCGACAAGACGUCACCGAAAGUGGUGGAAGGUUUCCAUAUGAACAUUCCACGCCUCUCUAUCCCGAGUGGAAUUUUGCAGCGCUAGGGAGAACCUCCAGUGAUGUCAGCCGAGCGACGCAGACCGCAUUGCUCGAUUUGACAGACCAUGCCAAAGCUGCCAACGCAUGGCAGUCUUGUUUGGAUAUUAAUCCAGGGGACACGGCUCUAUGCAACGAUCUUCAAGCCAUUGAUCCGACUGCCCGAUGUGAUACUACUAUUGAAAUAGCGAAUGUGUCUGCCAUGGCUCUUUCUGAUGGAGGGUACUCUGGUUGGAGAACAUCCUUGUCGUAUAUCAAAGUACAAGAGCUUCUACGAAACACUGGUAUCAUUCGAGACGAUCCGACAACGCAAACAUUGCAAUGUUCAUUUUCGAGUGACGUGUAUGACCACAUAUUGUGCCCAGAUGGUUUCUUCAAGUUGCCAUUUGAUUCCUUCUACACAAGUUGCGACAGUGCUGGAGUCAGCUGUGCAGACGGAUAUACAUGUAUUUGCAGUCCUUGUUACGAAGCCUUUCCAAUAGAGGUUGCUCCAAAAGUCAAUUACACUCGGGGAAAUUCAUGCGAAAAGAUGUCGGUUUGUUCUGUCAUUUCGCAAAAUGAGGAAAUACCAUUCAAAAUUGUUGACAACUUGAAACUCGAAUCUGGCUUGGAUUUGAGAGUGAAUGUACUGGAAGGCAGCAACGAAAGGCUGCUAGCGAUAGAAGCGGACCGUACCAACAAUUCGUAUUCCUUCAACUUGACUUCAACAACUGUGGGAAUAAUGGUGCUCGAGAUUUUCAAUGGGGAAACACAAAUUGAUGUCUCGCCUCUACGUGUAAAGGUGGAGUACCGAAGCUGUCCCGGCAGCCAAAUUGCAAAUGACAGGGGGUUGUGCGUUUGUAACAACACGAGCUAUCCAGUCUUUGGAUCAUGCGUCAGUCGAUGGAAAUUCCUAGUCGGCGUGAUAUUACCACUGCUCCUUAUCGGGUCCACUGCGCUGUACUUUUUCGUCAAACGGAAGCAACGCGAGGCAAAUAGUCUAUGGCUAGUGGACUCACAAGAGCUUGAAUUUCAAGAUCCGCCCAUCAUCAUUGGCAGAGGAUCGUUUGGCUUUGUCUUGAUGGCAGAAUACCGAGGGUCAAAAGUCGCAGUGAAGAGAGUCAUUCCUCCAAAAAAGAGCAGGCGAGGCUCGCAAAGUGCUCUUUUUGGGUAUGAAGAAAGGAAAGUUCAUAAACCGGCAGUAUCACCAAAAAGUAGCGUAUCGUCGACAGAGGAGGUGGAUUUGGAACAGGGGAAAAAGGCCAUUCGAACGAAACAUAAAGUUACCAAUGAGGAUAACCAACCAAGCCAAGUUGACGAGAUUCAAUCUCGGGAUACAACAAGCCAAAUGUCUGAAAACCUGUAUGAUUUCGCUGAUGAUGAAAGCAUUAGUAUCGACUUAAGAUCCAACCCAGAUUUGAAGUUACGAGAAAAGACUGAUGAUUCAAGUGUCAGCUCCAUUGGGAGUAGUCAGCAUAUGAGCAUGAGCUUCCAUGAUUCUGUUAUUAGCGAAGGCAUUCUCAAUUUGCAUGCAUCAACUGAGAGCCGCAUCAUUGAUCUUAACGAGGACGGCCUGAUCAAGCCGAAAUCGUCGAGAAAGACCCCCGUCGAGGAAAAGAGUUUAUCACAGCUAAGGCUUGAGUUUAUAGAAGAGAUGCGAUUGUUGUCAAAACUGCGGCACCCAAACAUUACGACUGUUAUGGGCGGGGUAAUUGAAAAAGGUGUGGAUCCGAUGAUGAUCAUGGAAUACAUGGAGCACGGGUCGCUCCAAGAAGUUCUUCUAAACCCAACAAUGGUUCUGGAAGCGGACUUGAUUUUGAAUAUACUGAAGGAUAUGGCUUCUGGGAUUCGCUUUCUUCAUUCAUCACAGCCUCCAGUUAUUCACGGCGACUUGAAGUCGCAGAAUAUUUUGAUCGAUUCGAAGUUCCGCGCCAAGCUUUCUGAUUUUGGAUUCUCGAAUCGUAAACCUGACAAAGCAACUGGAACGCCAUUGUGGAUGGCUCCAGAACUUCUGUCUGGGCAGUCCCUCAAUACUCCAAAAUCUGAUAUGUACGCUGUGGGUAUUAUCAUGUACGAAAUAGUCGCUCGGAAAGAGCCUUACUAUGAUGCCACCGAGUCAAAUCAAGAUUUACUGAAGGGAAUAGUGGACCGGAAGAAGAAUAAACGACCUCGAAUACCAUCAUAUUGUCCGAUUAAGGUGAAAAAACUCAUCAAAUUCCUGUGGCAUGGCGACCCAAGCCUCCGUCCAACAGCAAGUGAGCUUGACAAUAGGUUGCAAGAAAUGGAUUUUAAAGCGUUUGAAGCUUGUGCCCAUGCUUCGGGUUCUCACAGUAUGCAGGAGCACCCAAAGUCUCAAGGUGAUAACGAUGAACACUUUUUGUAUCAAGCAUUUCCAAGACAUGUCGCCGAGGUAUUGAAGUCGGGAGCGAAAGUUGAGCCCGAAUCCCAUGACAUUGUUACUAUAUUCUUCUCGGAUAUUGUCGGGUUCACCACAAUUGCUGGCCAGUUCGAACCAUUGAAAGUUUCGCAGCUACUAGAUCGUUUGUACCUGAAGUUUGAUGACUUGUCGAGAAAGCACGAGCUUUUCAAGAUCGAGACCAUUGGUGAUGCGUACAUGUGUGCUGGCAAUCUAGCCACAGAUCAGUAUCUUGAUCAUGUGAAACGUGUCGCGUUGUUUGCCAUGGAUGCCAUCGAAGCUGCAUCAACAACGCUGGUUGAUGAAGAUGAUCCUUCUCAUGGCUUCAUAAACAUCCGAGUGGGAUUCCACUCUGGUCCCGUUGUGAGCAAUGUAGUUGGUAAUCUGAAUCCUCGCUACGGAGUCUUUGGAGAUACCGUGAAUGUGGCUUCACGGAUGGAGAGCAACUCUGAGGAAGGUCGCAUCCAUUGCUCGAAAGCUAGUGCAAAACUUCUAAUGACUCAAGCGCCGGAGAUCAAAGUACGCCUGAGGGGAGAAACAGAGAUCAAGGGAAAAGGAAAGAUGACUACAUACUGGGUUGGUUAA